AUGGUUGAUCAACUCAAUCAUAAACUUCUUCAAAAGUUAACAGAUACACCAGAAAUGACUUUUCUAUCAAUUCACAUAACAGUCGAUCAAGAUCAGGCUAAUCAAUACCCUGUUGAAUUUCUGAACACACUUAAACUCACUGGAAUGCCACCGCAUAACUUGACACUAAAGCUGGAUGCUCUCAUUAUAUUGCGUAGGAAUCUUGACCCAUCUCACCUGUGUAAUGAAACCCGCUUAAUUGUUACUUCCAUGAAGCCCCAUGUCCUGCAGUCUACAAUCAUAACAGAUGUUCCAUUUGAAUUUAAGAGACUUCAGUUUCCAGUUAAACUAAGUUUUGGUAUUUCAGUUAACAAAUCUCAGGGUCAAUCCCUCAAGAUCGAUUACGAUUACCAAGGAGAUUCUCCUAAAGAAGAAGACACUUCAAGUUCACAAGAAGCUUGUCCGUCGGUACCAAAAACCUUCUCACAAUCUGCCUGCCAACAGUCUCAAUGCAAGACAGACCAGGACUGCAACAACAACAAGCACAAACGUUGCUGUUUUAAUGGUUGCAUCUACACAUGUACGCAACCAAUCGAUGAGCCUGCUUUGAUUGAUUGGCGUGUAGCUCCGCGGAGGAUUGUGAAGUCAGCACCAUAUUGGUUGAUACGAGACCCGGAAACACCAGAACAAUACCAAUCCUGUAGCACAUCAAAGGUACUAGAUGAUGGAGACCCUCUUCUGUGUCCAGACGGAUACGUAUGUCACAUCGUUACACCAGAAAACCACGAACAGAACAUUCCAAACCGAGGCUGGUGUGUUAAAGAAAAGGACGACAGAAACCAUAUGAAAGAUUAUGAACAAAGAGAACAAAAAACAAAACAUAUAGACCCAACCUCUUGUUAUGAAGAUUCCAUAGUUUUCUUAAAUGGAGCAUCUGUACACUAUAAAGGAAAAUGGUGGAAAACAGAUUUGUACCAAAAAUGUCCAUAA